GAGGCAGGGAGAAAGAUGGCGGCGGCAAUACCGAAACGUCUGGGUGCAUUAUGGAUGCAGAAUCUGAGGGGGAAUCUGGCGUUAGGACUUCUUUCAUCUCACAAUGUUUUAGCCCAGUCACAUAUCCACACAACUGCAUCUCUGGACAUAUCUCGAAAAUGGGAAAAGAAGAAUAAAAUUGUUUAUCCUCCACAAUUACCUGGUGAACCUCGGCGGCCAGCAGAAAUCUACCAUUGUCGAAGGCAAAUAAAAUACAGCAAAGACAAGAUGUGGUAUUUGGCAAAAUUGAUACGAGGAAUGUCCAUUGACCAGGCUUUGGCUCAACUGGAAUUCAGUGACAAAAAAGGAGCCCAAAUAAUUAAAGAGAUUCUCUUAGAAGCACAAGACAUGGCAGUGAGAGACCACAAUGUGGAAUUCAGAUCCAAUUUAUAUAUAGCUGAGUCAACCUCAGGGCGAGGCCAGUACCUGAAACGCAUCCGAUACCAUGGCAGAGGGCGCUUUGGGAUCAUGGAGAAGGUUUAUUGCCAUUAUUUUGUGAAGUUGGUGGAAGGCCCUCCGCCUGCACGUGAGGCCCCGAAGACGGCAGUCACCCGGGCCAAGGAGUACGUUCAGGAGCUUCGUAACCGGACCAUUAUCCACACUCUGUGAUGGAGGGAAGGGGUGGUGCGGAUUCCACAGUGUACAGAUUUUGCCAUUUAUUUCCUAAAAACAGACAAAUUAAAGACAAAUGCUUUUUAUGA